AUAGAGUACGUCGACGGCGUCGGUAUAAACGAACUCGACGAUGCGCAACGAAAGAUCGUCAAAGCGGAGCUAGAACAACACCUGGAAACGCUGCAAGGUUUACGGUCCUCGAGAAUAGCAUCGUUAUUUUACCCUAUCUAUCGAGCAACACUUGCAACCUUAGGAGACGACUGGAGUCUUCAGCAAUCCGUUCGUAAGGAAUACGUCUUCUACCACAACGACCUCUCGCAACAUAACGUUGUAGUAGACCCGGUAUUACUGAAGAUUUCUGCUAUACUUUACUGGGAGUACGCUGGAUUCUUUCCUACGUGGUUCGAAAGGCGGUUUUUCGAACGUAUUGGACCAUUAGUCGCUAAGGACGGUGAAGAUAUGAUUCAACAAGAAUCAUCGAAUUCUUACAGGCUCAUGUUGUACGUGUAA